AUGCACUUUUGUUCUCAUACACAUCGAAGAGUUUCUAGAAACAAUGUCAAAAGAUUUUACUGAGUUGAUUCCGGGUUUACCCGAAGAACUCGCUCUCGAGUGCUUGACUCGGUUACACUACUCGGCCCACCGAGUCGCCGGCAAAGUUUGCCACCGGUGGCGUGAGCUUCUUCAAGGCAGGGACUUUUACUACCACAGAAAGCAAACCGGUCACACCCACAAAGCCGCUUGCUUGAUUCAAUCACUCUCGGUUCAGGCCGAGUCGAAGCUUGUUGGUCAGUCCAGCUAUGGGGUCUCUGUUUUUGAUCCAGUGAGUGGGGAUUGGGACAGAGUUGACCCGGUUCCGAAGUACCCAGAUGGUUUACCUUGGUUCUGUCAAGUGGCGAGCGUAGAAGGGAAGCUUGUAAUCAUGGGUGGAUGGGACCCGGUGAGUUGGGAACCAGUAAAGGACGUGUUUGUGUACGAGUUCACAACUCAGAGGUGGACUCAGUGCAAAGACAUGCCGUCGACUCGUUCAUUUUUCGCUAUUGGUGCUGUGGAGGGACGUGUCUUCAUCGCCGGUGGCCACGAUGAGAGCAAGAACGCGUUGAACUCAGCCUGGGUUUAUGACACAAGGUUUGACCAGUGGACUGAGUUGACUCGGAUGAGUGAAGAACGAGACGAGUGUGAAGGUAUCAUAAUUGGGUCCGAGUUUUGGGUGGUGAGUGGAUAUGAUACGGAGAACCAAGGAAGAUUCAAAAGCAGUGCUGAGUUACUCGAACUCGAGACGGGCAAGUGGAGACGAGUUGAGGAUGCUUGGAGGGCGACUCAAUGCCCGAGGUCAUGUGUGGGUAAGGGGAAAAAUGAGAAUUUGAUCUGCUGGGCUGAGUCUGACUCGGCAGUCCAAGUUGGGGCUUGUGGGGUUGAUAUUGGGGAGAUAAGCCUGGUCACUGGCUCGGCUUACCAAGGUGCACCACAUGGUUUCUUCAUGCUGGACAGAACAAAGGAAGGGGAAAAUGGUAAAUUGGUCAAGAUAGAUGUGCCUGAGGUGUUCUCUGGUUUUGUCCAAUCAGGUAAUUACCGAAUUUGGUUUUUUUGUUAAUUGAGCGUGUCGAAAGAGAUGAAUCAGGUACAAAUUUAAUCAUUUGACUUUUUUAUUUUUUAUUUUUUAUUUUUAUGUAUAUGUUACUCCUUCCAAUAAUGCUAGUGUGAGUGAUAGUAAUUGUUGUUUUGCUAGUAAUUUAAUUAGAAUAAUUGACUUUUUUCAACAAACGUGAAUAAUGUACAUGUGCCCAGCCUUGGUAAUAAAUUCUUGGGUCAACUGUAAAGUUUGUAACUCAUUCUUUUAGAUUUUAAUUUUAAUGAAUAACUUUUUUAAGUUUUAAUAUUUUAUAAUUAACUCCAAUAAUUAUUUUUAGAUAAUAAAAAUUGAUAAAAGUUAAAGAUACGGCACAUUCAUGUAAUUUUUAUUUUAUUGAAAAGAAAUAAUUAUCAUUACACUUAUUUUUUUCCUCUGUACUAAAUAUCCGUACUUACCAAUGACCCUUGCACCUUUUUCAUCUUCUUCUAUUUCGAAU